GCCCUGUCCUCUCUUUCCCCUUUGUUACCGUUCCUGCUUCCCCCUCCCUCCCUUCCCCCUUGCUGUCCUUCCCACAGUCUCCCGUGACAUUUCCUCCUCGCUCCCCCUUAUUCAAGUUCGCUGCUCGCGUACUUGCUUGUGUCAGAUCGACCUAAGGGAGAACACCAACAGUUUUACGUUCCCAACUUACAUAGCACAGAAUGGGUCUUCUCACGUUGCUUAGGAAGCUAAAGAAGUCGGAAAAGGAGUUCCGCAUUCUUGUCCUUGGUCUGGAUAAUGCGGGAAAGACCACGGCACUCAAGAAGCUAGCCGACGAGGAUAUCACCCACACCAUGCCAACCCAGGGCUUCAACAUCAAGUCUGUUAUCCAUGAGGGAUUUAAGUUGAAUGUUUGGGAUAUUGGAGGUCAGAAGACCAUUCGUCCUUACUGGAGGAAUUAUUUCGAUCAGACUGAUGCACUGGUCUUCGUUAUCGAUUGCUCUGACCACAGAAGAAUGGACGAGACGGGUGUUGAGCUCAACCAGCUCUUGGAUGAGGAGAAGCUCGCUGGUGUUCCCCUGCUCAUUUUUGCGAACAAGCAGGACUUGAUGAACGCAAUGGGACCAGAUGAGGUGACUGAGGUUCUCGGCCUCACCAACAUCAGGGAUCGUGCUUGGCACAUCCAGCCAUGCUCUGCCAAGACCGGUGAGGGGCUGCAGGGAGGCAUGGAGUGGCUUGUAAAGAACAUCAACAAGUCGUAAUGCUCAUGUGCUUGUUGGACAUUUUUCGUUCUUCAUGUACCCGAAUUCUUUGAAUAAUUUGAUAAUCGCGUGAAUUCCCCGAAAACAGAACCAUCGCACACUUGUAUUUCUUUCUGUCUGGACAACAUCUCAAUACAGGUAGGGAGACCCAAGAUUAUGAUGUCGGGUACUCACUCUCCACGUUGCAAAUUAAACACAUGAGGAAUUGGCCCAAGCUCCUUAUGCCGAUGUCUUAAUGGCCUCACAUCCUUUGCCUGAGGCCGACACAUUCUUU